CAGAAACCAAUGACCUUACUUGGAGUUGCAGCUUGUUUCAUACAAAAGUUUGAUUAAAUUCGGUUCAGUUUUUAGGCCCUGAAAGAGCGACGGACAGACAGAAUCCGAUAACCUUAUCUGAUAAACGCCAUCUAAGAUCUAUUCAAAGUCAAUGUGAUUUCAUUACACAAGUUUCGAAGAUGUGGGCAACAGCUUGGGUUCUGGUGCUGGUGAUUGGGUUCACGCAGGGUACCCUCAGAUUGGAUCCCCUGGUGGACACGCAGCAGGGUCUGAUUAGAGGUCUCAGGGCUGAUGAUGGCGACUACUCCAUGUUUUUGGGCAUACCAUACGCUCAGGUCAACGAGGACAAUCCUUUUGGGAACGCGAACCCUUACCCCAAAUUCGACGACAUCUUCGAAGCUUACGAUGAUUCGGCGAUAUGUCCACAAGUCGAAGAGUUCGGUAACACUAUCGUCGGAGAUCUGGACUGUUUGCAUUUAAAUAUAUACGUGCCAAAUAAAGCCAGUAGCAGGAACAAGCUGCCAGUCCUGGUCUGGAUAUAUGGCGGGGGCUUCACCAUUGGCUUUGCGAACAGAUACCUAUACGGUCCAAAGUUUCUCAUCCAACAUGACGUAAUCCUUGUCACCCUUAAUUACAGAUUAGGCCCAUACGGUUUCAUGUGUUUAGACACACCAGACGUCCCUGGAAACCAAGGUCUCAAAGACCAACUUUUGGCCAUGCGUUGGGUGAAAGAUAACAUUGGCUAUUUUGGGGGCGAUACCAAUAAGAUUACCUUGAUGGGCGAAAGCGCGGGGGCCGCGGCUAUUGAAUACCACUUAUACUCUAACCAGGAGAGGUUGUUCAACCAGGUAAUCCUGCAAAGUGGUUCAGCACUGUCUCCUUGGGCUUUAGUAGAAUCGGAUUCAUCUGCUCCUCUUAAAAUCGCUGAACAUUUAGGUUUUCAAACAGACGAAGUAUCUGAAGCAUUAGCGUUCCUUAAAGAUGUUGAUACGAAAUUGGUUAUCGCAGCCACUUCCGAAUUGGAAAUAAAGUUCCGUGCUUGCGUUGAAAAAAAAUUCGAUAACGACGAAGGUUUCCUAACUGACCACCCACAGAACCUGGACGUGCCUAAAGUGAGAAACAUACCAGUUCUAACCGGUUUCAAUAAUAACGAGGAACUUGUUAAUUACGCUGACAAAACUGUCGAUAAAUACUUGAACGUCUUCAACGAUCUAUUGGAGAUCAACUUCAAUUACGAUGACGAUUUCGCCGCGAUGGAAGACAUCGUUCGACACUUUUACAUCGGUGAUGAGGAGGUGAGCGACGAAGUAAAGAGCAGCAUCGCUGAUUUCAGUUCCGACUACCGUUUCACGUAUCCCGUUCAGAGGAGUUUGAAGAAGUUCCUCGAGAAUGGUGCCAAGGAUAUCUUCUAUUAUGUCUUCUCAUACAGUGGAGGAAGGAACUUUGCGAAGAAUAAAGCAAAUGUCGGUGCUGAGGGUGCAUCGCAUGCUGACGAAAUUGGUUACCUUUUCGAUCUGUCCUACGACAAAGCAACGCCGUCUGAAGACGAUCAGCGGAUCAUUGAUCAGAUGACCACGCUUUGGACAAAUUUUGUCAAAUACGGAAAUCCAACACCAGACACCACAGAGCUCCUCCCGUUCAAAUGGAUUCCGGUAACAAACGAAACAUACAACUAUCUGGACAUCGACGAGGAAUUGACGCUGAAGAGGAGACCUUUCCACGACAGAUUGGCUUUCUGGGAACUGUUCUUCAAGGCCAAUGAACUGAAGCUCAAAUAUCGAAACGAAAAUUGAUGACGGCUAUACUAAUAUUAUAAAUGCAAGUAGCUCUGUCUGUCUGUUUAAUGCUCUUUCACGGCCAAACCACUGCACCAAAUUUGAUAAGACUUUGUAUGAAGCAAGCUUGAACUCCAAGAAAGGACAGGAUACUUUUGAUGGCUAAAUCCUGACGACCAAAAGCCAGUAGUUUGCCAUUUGUUAUUUGAUGUAUUUCGUUACAAGAAAAUAAUUCACGUCACGUCAAUGAUCUAAACUUAAAAUGUGAAACUAUUUAACUAAUAUAAUAAUAUUAUAUACUGAACCCUUCUCCGAAACGUGCUGCAUCUUCUGGUAUAAGUUUUAUCAUUAUUGGUUUAGUAGUUUAUAGUCAGUGAAGCAUUGCGAUCGAUUUGAGGAAUACAUUUCGGAAUCUUUUUCAAAAUUAACUUUAAUAUAUUCAUGCAUUACAAUUAUAGAAUUGACUGAUAUUAUUUGUUGUUAAAAUUUUGUAACGAUGGGUCGAAAACUAAAUUUAUUUAUUCGUGUGAAUAUACCGCGAUUAUGAUUAAAUUAUUUGUGUAACA